GGAGAUUCCACAAUAUGUCAACCUUCCUUCUGUUGGACCAAUCACAACACUAGUAUAUGUUCGCCAGCGGUCAGUAUAACUGUCCUGGUCUUGGUAUUUAGUGUGAAUUAUCUACGUGUGGUAAUUUGCUUGAUGAACUCUUGCCUUUCAGAUAUCACAGGAAAUACAACGCCUAUAUGAAGCCCGAUGACACUUGUCUCAUUUUCAAACACUUCCCAUCAGAAAUAACAGAAGAAGAAUGUGUUGGCUUUUUAAAAUCACUUGGGGCGACUUCGGCUCAGUACCUAGGAAAUUCUGGCCCUCUGAAAUAUGUAAUAUAUUCUCUUUAUGUGUUUCAUUCUAAUUCAGCUUUAGUGUGCUUAUGCUGAAUUCACAUCUGAACAACAUGCUUGGAAUAUUAUCAAAAAUCUACACCAAAAAAGAAUAUUGGAUAGGCGUCUUUCAGUCGAAUUCGCUCAGUCUGCUGAAUGUAAACAUAGUUACUUAUUUGACUCUUUUAGCCUUGCUUCUGUCAAACAUCAGAAAACCAACCCAAAUCAAUCUUUCGAAAAAGAAUAUUCUCCUGUCACGACUAUGCUUUUUCAGCAAUGUGGGAUCCAUCUUUCAAUGUUCCUUCACAGUUGUACUACGACUACCCUGCUGUAUCGAAUAAUGUGUUAACAAACAUAGUUCGAUCAUUGGCUUACUGCCCAGCAUUUUAUAAUCAGGUACUGCAUAUAAUGAACAAACUUCACUUACCACCACCAUUUGAUGAUCCAGAACAUUUUCCUGGAGAUUAUUUGGUUAUUUCUGCAACAGAUUAUGCAAGAAUGCAAACAAUAAUAGAUAACUUACAGCAUAACUCAAAAAAAGACCAAAAUGAUGCAGAUUUGAUUGCAGAAGAGAUGGAUUUAUCUAGCGGAUCAGAAUCUGAACUAGCUUCUGACAAUGAUACAAAAACGACUGCACAACGACAAAACAUCUCAGUAAGAAGACGACUAAAAAUUCGCAGAAAAUUGUAUUCUGUAUCAUUAACUCAUAAUCCUGUAACUUCAAAACGUCAAAAUGUUGCUGUUAGUGAUUUAUUUGAAGCACCUCCUAUCACUAAAAAAUUACAUCUGCCAGAUGUGCUUAAUGUCAAUUCUAAACCGAAUCAUCAUAUAACGUGUAGUGAUAUUGAAGGUGGUUUUGGACUUAUUCAAGCAGAACCUGUGAUAGAGAAAAGGUAUCUGCGUGAUGAUUUAGUUCAGAUUUUACAAGAAAACCGGAAAACCAAUAGUUCCUCCUUGUCAGAUUUCCAGUUACGUAAAGAACGAUUAUCUGAUGAUGAAGAUGAACAUGAAGCUACUGAAUGUCGAAUUCCUUUGAUAGAACAGUCAUGUGUGAGUAGUCAGAACAUUCAAACUGUAUCAACUGACAAUGGAUCUUCUAAUCUUCUUUCCGUACUUUCCGUUGAUGAACUUCUAUCCAAUCGCUUAAAAGUUGAUGAGUACAAAAAUUACACUGUAUUUGCUAAAUAUGACACUGGUACUCCUACAUCACGUCUAUAUGUCAAAAAUCUAUCUCAAACAGUAACAGAAAAUGAUCUGUUUGAAAUAUUUGGUGUAUUCUCAAAUGGGCCUGUCAAUGAUAAUAGUUGGAAACCGAGGAUUUUAAUGGAUUCAACUGACAAUUUUUCAGUUAGACUUCUGACUGAAGGUCGAAUGAAAGGUCAAGCAUUUAUUGGACUUGCAUGUGAAUCAACUGCGAAACAAGCAUUGGAAGCUACAAACGGUUAUAUGCUUUAUGGUCGUCCUAUGGUUGUUCAGUUCGCUAGAGGAGCCAAGGCAAAAGUCGAUGAGAAAAGUUUAAUAUAAUCAAAAUAGCAGUUUUUCACAUCGAGGAGAAUUCUUUCUUCUUUAGAUAUAAAAUUUCUGGGUUUUCUUCGUGUGUACACAGAAGCAGUUGCUCUUUGUAAAUGUCUAUUGUACAGUUUGUAAAUAUUAAGACUAAAUUAUAUUGUAUAUUAUGGCAGUCCUGAUCAUACAAUUGUCUCUGCUUACAGUGGUGUUGGUGAUUGGAGUCAAGAUUGUUAUACUCAUCACUUGAGUGACUUAUGAACAACAUACAUGUUCGAAAACGUUAUUAAUAAACUUGAUUAAACAGUAUCAAGG